ACUUGAAAGCGUCUUGAGCAAAAAAACGUUCCUUACGUUCAUUAGUAAACCGUUAUAAAAAAAAAUUAAAGGAGAUUAUCCAAAAAUAAAUUGUGAUAAAUACAAAAAAAUAAUUCGUGUCGUAAUUCCCAAUUAAUAAAAUCAUCAAAAACAACCACUUUUAACAACAGUUCAACUCGAAGAAAUGGCGGCACCAUCAUUGAAAGAUCUCCCCAAAGUCGAUGACAACUUGAAGAGCCAGUUGGAGGGAUUUUCCGCUUCCAGAUUGAGUCACACCGAGACAAAGGAGAAGAAUGUCUUGCCAUCAGCUGCAGAUCUUGAAACUGAGAAAAAUCAACAAAACUUGUUUGCCGGUAUCGAAUCCUUCGAUUCGACAAAGUUGAAAAAGGCCGAGACUCAGGAGAAGAAUCCGUUGCCCGAUAAAGAUGUGGUUGCCGCUGAGAAACAGCAUCAAAAUUUACUGAAUGGUGUUGAGCAUUUCGAUAAAACCUGCAUGAAACACACGGAAACAGAAGAGAAAAAUCACUUGCCGCCGCUCGAAGCCAUAAAUCAGGAAAAGGGACAACAACAACUCAUCUCGGGCAUCGAGAACUUUGAUGCAUCCAAGUUGAAGCAUGCCGAGACUCAAGAGAAGAAUCCUUUGCCAACCAAAGAAAUUAUCGAGCAGGAAAAGAGUGCUUAAAAA